AUGGCACCUCCGGCAAGCAAGAGGCGGAAGACUGAUCACGUAUCGUCUAGCGAUGAAGACGAUGACGCCUCAUUUGCCUCAUUCAGCGACGAUGCCGGAGAAGGCGCCGAGGACGGUGUGGACGGUGUGGACGGUGCAGAACUUGGUGAAGAUGAGGAAACCGGUGACGCUGAGGAGAGCGGAGAAGGAAGCGACGGUGAGGUAUCCGAUGGGGUAGAUGAUAAGGAAGAACGAGGGGCAACGAUUGCGACAUUGAAAACACCUUCCGCGGCCAGUGACAGUCGGCGGAAAGCGGAUAGGGCGUCGCAAGCAGGAGCCAGCGUGUAUGCCAAUGGCAGCUACAAGAGCAACGUCUUCAAGUUGCAGGUCGAUGAGCUUCUGACGCACAUCAGGCCGAGGCAGGGUCAAAGAGAGGGAAAUGCGGAGGCGGCACUACACAAGUUCAAGAAGACCAUUGAGCAGAUACCACCGCGCGCGCGAUCACCGCUCCAAGAUGCAGAGCGAGACCUGAUCAAGGAGAAAGUCGCGAUACCAUUCCCAGAACCGCGACCGCCGAAGGACGCGAAAUACAAGUUCGCGUAUGCCAAGCCUUCCAUCAUCAAUGUGGUUGGCAGCUUUGCGUUGAAGACCUCUCUGCGCUCGCGCGACCGAGCAGACGUGGACAUGAUCGUGGUGAUGCCAAGCUCCAUCUUCGAGGACAAGGAUUAUCUGAACUAUCGCUAUGUCUAUAAGCGCGCCUACUACCUUGCUUGCAUCGCAGCAGGUCUGCAAAGAGCGCACAAAGAUGAGUACCAGAUCCGGUUCAAGCUGCUGCACAAUGAUCCGCUGAAGCCGAUCUUGGCAGUAAGUCCGGCUGAGAAGUCCGAAGACGUGCUCCCGGCCGACAAGUGGAGUGUCAACAUCAUCCCAUGUGUGGGAGAAGCUCAGUUUUCGGUAGAGAAGUUGCGACCCGAGAAGAAUUGCGUUCGCGUCGUGUCGGGAGAUGAAGCCGACAAGCAGCCAUCAACGCCUUUCUACAACUCGUCACUUCGAGCUGAUAUGCUUAUGUUGGAGUACCUCAAGCUUCUACACGGCGCCUCGAGAAGGUGUGACGCCUUCAAGGAUGCCUGCCUCCUUGGGAGUACCUGGCUUCGUCAGCGCAACUUUGCUUCCACGAGCGAGAAGGGUGGUUUUGGAAAUUUUGAAUGGAAUGCCUUCAUGGCUUUGUGUCUCCAAGGCGGCGGCGCGAAUGACAAGCCAUUGCUCAGUGAUGGUUAUAGCUCUUACCAGCUUUUCAAGGCUACCCUUCACCUCCUAGCCAUGAAAGACCUCAUAAAGAAUCCGUUGCGCAUUGGUUCUGCUUCGGAUUCGCCAAAUCUUUCAGGACCAGUCGCUUGGGACGCACAGCGAAGACAUAACCUUCUGUACCGCACAUCGGAGUGGUCGUACAGGCGGAUCAGGUCAGAAGCAAGAGCAACCUUGACCACUCUGGGAGAUCAGAUGCAUGACGGCUUCGAGGCCACUUUCAUCUUGCGACUCAGUGAGCCAUUGUACAGCAGUGACUACACUGUACAGAUACCAGAGCGCUUGCUCCUGCGCAGCACUCAAUCCUCCGAUCAUGACAGCCAGCAACAUCUUCAAAUGCUCUAUGACGUGCUCAGGAAAGGUCUCGGUGACCGUAUCGCGGGCAUUACUAUAGAGACUGAUGCUGUGGCUCCAUGGCAUGUGGGAUCAUCACGACCGAAAGCAGCAUUGAAAGGUCUUGUUACCGUGGGAUUGAUAGUAAACCCAGAUACUGUAAGGCGCACUGUGGAUCACGGCCCUUCUGCAGAGCAAAAGGUUGAGUCUGCGGCAUUCCGAAAAUUCUGGGGCGAGAAAGCCGAGCUGCGUCGUUUCAAAGACGGCAGUAUCCUGGAGAGCUUGGUCUGGUCUUCUCCCCAAGCAAGUGGCCACUCGGUGCUGGAACAAGUGGUCCGCUUCCUCCUUGGUCACCACUUUGGGGCUGUAACGCUCGACGAUGUCAGGUUCUUCGGUGACGACUUUAACAAGCUGGUCAGAGGUGGUAGCGAUAUCAAAUCGUUCGAGCCCUUGAUGGCACGCUAUAAACAAUUCGAAAACGACAUUCGAGAUCUUCACGACCUACCGCUGUCCAUACGACAGAUCAUGCCGGCAAGCGGACAGCUUUGCUACAGCUCCAUUAGGCCUCCAGCGAAUGGCCAUGGAUCGCCCGUUCCAGCCGAUGUGACGAUCCAAUUCGAAGGCUCUGGUCGCUGGCCCGAUGAUCUAGUCGCCAUUCAACGCACUAAGAUUGCGUUCCUGCUAAAAAUCAAUGACAUGCUUUCAGAAUCAGUCGAUGGUAUCACCACACGCAUUGGCCUCGAAAACGAAGGACAAGAUACCCUGAAUCAAGCUUUCCUCGACAUCACUUAUGAACAAGAUGCGACCUUUCGACUACGCAUCUACCACGAUCGUGAGCAAACAUUGCUUGAGCGACAGCUCAAAAGCAAGACUACCGACCCAAAGACACGAGGAAUUGCAGCUAUCGGCCUCGCAAGAUAUAAGCGUGAAUAUGUCAAAGCUCCUGCACAGACUCAAGCGAUAACACGCCUUUGCACUCGAUUCCCAGCGCUUAGCGGCGCGAUUCGAUUGGCGAAGAAGUGGUUCGCCUCUCACCUCCUCACGAACCAUAUCCCAGAACAAUUCAUCGAAUUACUGGUCGUUCGUACAUUUACUCAGCCCUCGCCUUGGCAAACUCCGUCGAGCGUACAGACUGGCUUCCUUCGCACACUGUUCUGGAUCUCUAGAUGGGACUGGCGAGCAGAUCCGCUGAUUGUCGACCUCAGUGCGAGUGGAGACCUGAAGCAAGCCGACAUUCAGGCCAUCCGGACCAACUUCGAAGCAUGGAGAAAGCUUGAUCCUGCCAUGAAUCGCGUUGCGCUCUUUGCUGCUAGCAAUCUUGACCAUGAAGGCACGACUUGGACAGACGGCACACCAGCCAAAGUCGUGGCUGGGCGCAUGACUGCCUUGGCGAAAGCUGCUUGUGCUGAGAUUUCAGAACAACAGCUGAGCCUCGAACCAGCGAGCUUGUUCUCGUCUCCUUUGAGCGACUUCGACUUCGUCCUCCACCUCAAUCCAACUUUCGUUGCUGGCAAGAGUCGAAGAUCAUCGAAACCCGCUCCGACCUUCAAGAAUUUGGAGCUCGACACGAUUGCGGACACUGACCUUGUCGGCUUCGAUCCUGUGAGGUCUUUCUUGGAGGAGCUGGAGUCCGUUUAUGGAUCUGCGAUUUUAUUCUUCUAUGGCGCCAGCGAGAGAAGCGUCAUUACUGGACUAUGGAGUCCUCUGACAGCGAGGAGAAGCUGGAAGGUCAAUCUCGUUUACUCUACGAUCCCUGUUAAGAGCGAAAGCGAGGAUGCAGAUGUGCAAGCGAGCCUGAAUAAAAACUCUAUAUUGGCGGAAAUCGCCAGGCUUGGUGGGGAUAUGGUCGAGAAGGUUGAGGUUGUGAAGUAG